AUGAGUUCUAGCGAAGAAGACCUGCCGCAAGAUCUUGCUGAAGAGGCAAGAGUAGUUGAAAUUAAUCUUCUUCCUCAUAAAUCGAAAAAGCGAUAUGAAAAGGAAUAUAGUCAUACCACCUCAGAACCACCAAACAUGAAGCUCGCAACAGCAUUAAUCGUGAUUAUUGCUUUGGCUUUAGGAUGUCAGGGAGCUAUCCUAAGAUUAAACUCAAGGGCCUUACAACCAGAUAAUAAAGGACACGAACACCAAGGAAAAUCCAUUUUAAAUGAUGCUACCAAGAAAAUUUUCCCAGGAGUACCAAAUCCCAAAGUCGAGCCAGUAAAAAUAUUUUCUGAAAAACUCACCCAUGAAAAAUUCCUGCCAGGAGUGCCAAAUCCGUUUCCCAACAUUGAAGAACACACAAGACCCAUUCUUCCAGGAGUUUCAAACCCAAUUUCCGAAAGAGUAACCAGACGGCCCAAUCUACCAGGAAAAACACUUUCAGAAAAACUCACCCGUGUUACUUUUUUGCCAGGAGUGCCUAACCCAUUCCCUGAGACUGAAGAACAAGCAAGAGCUUUUCUUCCAGGAGUUCCAAACCCAUUCUCUGAAAAAGUAACGAGAAGGCCAAAUCUACCAGGAAAAACACGUUCUGAAGAACUAAUCCAUGGAAAAUUUUUACCAGGAGUGCCAAACCCAUUCCCCAAGGCUAAACAAGAAGCAAGACAUAUUCUUCCGGGAGUUCCAAAUCCAAUCUCCGAAAGAGUAACCAGACGGCCAAAUCUACCAGGAAAAACACUUUCUGAAAAACUCACCCCUGUUACUUUUUUGCCAGGAGUGCCUAACCCAUUCCCUGAGACUAAAGAACAAGCAAGAGCUUUUCUUCCAGGAGUUCCAAACCCAUUCUCUGAAAAAGUAACGAGAAGGCCAAAUCUACCAGGAAAAACACUUUCUGAAGAACUAAUCCAUGGAAAAUUCUUACCAGGAGUGCCAAACCCAUUCCCCAAGGCUAAACAAGAAGCAAUACAUAUUCUUCCGGGAGUUCCAAAUCCAAUCUCCGAAAGAGUAACCAGACGGCCAAAUCUACCAGGAAAAACACUUUCUGAAAAACUCACCCCUGUUACUUUUUUGCCAGGAGUGCCUAACCCAUUAUCUGAGACUAAAGAACAAGCAAGACCUUUUCUUCCAGGAGUUCCAAACCCAUUCUCCGAAAAAGUAUACAGAAGGCCAAACCUACCGGGAAAAACACUUUCAGAAAAACUCACCCAUGGAACAUUCUUACCAGGAGUGCCAAACCCAUUCCCCAAGGCUAAACAAGAAACAAGACAUAUUCUUCCGGGAGUUCCAAACCCAAUUUCCGAAAGAGUAACCAGACGGCCAAAUCUACCAGGAAAAACACUUUCUAAAAAACUCACCGGUGUUACUUUCUUGCCAGGAGUGCCUAACCCAUUCCGAGACACUGAAAAACAAGCAAGACCUUUUCUUCCAGGAGUUCCAAACCCAUUCCCUGAAAAAGUAACCAGAAGGCCAAAUCUACCAGGAAAAUCACUUUCUGAAGAACUCACACAUGGAAAAUUCUUGCCAGGUGUGCCAAACCCGUUUCCCAAGACUGAAGAACAAGCAAGACCCAUUCUUCCAGGAGUUCCAAAUCCAAUCUCCGAAAAAGUAACCAGAAGGCCAAAUCUACCAGGAAAAUCACUUUUUGAAGAACUCACACAUGGAAAAUUCUUGCCAAACCCGUUUCCCAAGACUGAAGAACAAGCAAGACGCAUUCUUCCAGGAGUUUCAAAUCCAAUCUCCGAAAAAGUAACCAGAAGGCCAAAUCUACCAGGAAAAUCACUUUCUGAAAAACUCACCCGUGUUACUUUCUUGCCUGGAGUGCCUAACCCAUUCCCAGAGACUGAAAAACAAGCAAGACCUUUUCUUCCAGGAGUUCCAAACCCAUUCCCUGAAAAAGUAACCAGAAGGCCAAAUCUACCAGAAAAAUCACUUUCUGAAGAACUCACAAAUGGAAAAUUCUUGCCAGGUGUGCCAAACCCGUUUCCCAAGACUGAAGAACAAGCAAGACCCAUUCUUCCAGGAGUUCCAAAUCCAAUCUCCAAAGUUACAAGAAGACCAAAUCUACCAGGAAAGCCAAUUCCUGCAUAUUAAAAAAAGUAAUUACCCAAAACUUAAAACUUGAGUUAUCCAUCAAACCAAUACAAGAUAUUAAAUGUUGUUUUUAAUAAAGUUUAAAAUAAUUUGGGAA